GCUUAAAUCGAAUAAUUAUCCAAGCAAAGACCCCAAGAAAACCCCUAACAAAAUGAGCAAGUUCGCUUGGGUGACGCUGACGACAAAUGACACGUACUCGCUGGGUGCCUUGGUCCUGGCCCACUCGCUGAAGCGGGCCGGCACCGCCCACCAGCUGGCCGUUCUGGUCACGCCCACUGUCUCGCAGGCGAUGCGGGACCGCCUCAAGGAGGUGUACAAUGUGGUCCAGGAGGUGAAUGUGCUGGACUCGCAGGAUGCCGCCAAUCUGGCGCUCCUCGCCCGCCCCGAGCUGGGCGUGACCUUCACAAAGCUGCACUGCUGGCGCCUGGUGCAGUUCGAGAAGUGCGUCUUCCUGGAUGCGGAUACACUGGUCUUGCAAAACUGCGAUGAGCUAUUCGAGCGCGAGGAACUGUCGGCUGCCCCGGAUGUCAGCUGGCCGGACUGCUUCAACUCCGGCGUAUUUGUGUUCAAGCCCAGCGUGGAGACCUUUGGCCAGAUCACAGAGUUUGCCGUUAAGAACGGCAGCUUCGAUGGCGGUGACCAGGGCCUGUUGAAUCAGUUCUUUGCCGACUGGGCGACGGCGGACAUCAAGAAGCAUUUGCCAUUCGUUUACAAUGUUACGGCCUAUGCCUCCUACUGCUAUCUGCCCGCCUUCAAACAGUUCAGAGAUAAGAUAAAGAUUUUGCAUUUUGCCGGCAAACUGAAGCCCUGGCUGAUUCAGUUCAAUUCGGAGACAAAGACCGCCAGCGUUUCCUCGGACUAUGCCCAUGCCCAGGAUCUGAUCCAGCUGUGGUGGAACAUCUUCUGUGAUAAUGUGAUCCAGUCCCUGUCCACCGAUAUGUGGCUAUGCUUGAACCUAAUGCACUCGCAAAGCGAACACGCGGCGGAUGAGCAACGCGAGCAGCAGCAGCAGCACGAGCUUGAGUACUACCAGCAGCAGCGGUUGCACCACCAGCUGUUGCAUGUGCGCCAGUUCCGCGAUCCUUGGGCAGAUUACUAUGAGAAUCUGGAGAAGGAGCAGCGGGAGGAAGAGCUGGAGCUGGAGCGUCAGCAGCAACAGGAGCGGGAGCGGGAGCGGGAACGAGAGCGGGAACGGGAGCAACAGCACAAUCACAGCCAGGACAAUGGGAAUGCUACUACUGCUAAUGAAUAUGCCACUGAGUGGCAUCAUGACGAUGCAUGCCACUCAGCACAGCCACUGCCACCCACCAGUCCUACACCUCCUCCACCUCAGUCCUACCAAGCCACUGCCACUGCCACUGCCAAUGCCGAAGACUCGGCAUCCACAGAUGUGAAUAGCAAUGAGCUGCACAUUGCCCAUCUGCCAGAACAUGCCUCCCCAGACUCAGUCUCCACUGCCACUGCAACUGCCACGCCCACGCCCACGCCCACGUCACAUCAUUCUGUGCAUAGUCAGACAGUAGAAAGUGCGACAAACCACCAACCAGAUCAUGAAGUUGCAGCCGAAACAUCGCCUGAGGUGGGCCUGGCCGGAGCCCUGUCACAGCUGCGCAUCGGGGAGCAGCGCACGCCGGAGCAGGAGGCCUACGAGAACCAGAUGCGCCGCCAGUGCUGGGAGUCCGGACAGAUUGACUACUCCGGUGCCGAUUCCUUCGAGAACAUCUGGAAGAAGAUCUCGCAGACGCUGGACAAGAAGAGCGAGCAGGACACCCAACAAACUGGUAGCUCAUAGAAUCAAAAAGAAAACUAAAAAACAAAGCAAAACAGAACAAACCACAUGCAAUUCGUUCGUCAUUCGUCGUUUUGUUGACAUCUUUUGUUUGUAAUACAAAACAAAACAAAGCACACACACUAAACAACACACACCAGACACACAUAUCCCUUGCCGAGGGCAUCUGGCUCUGGUGUCAAUGUCAAGGACUUUCUCUAAUUGAAAUUAAAGGAUCCCAAAUUCUCCCAAGUGUCAUAAAUGCAAUUUUUUAUUUGCCGCCACUUCAACCCCCUCUCUCACACACUCACACAUGGCACCGAAAUCUUGUUAAAAGAGGGAGCGGCAAGAAAAAAAAGCACAGAAAUUUUAAUUAAGUUUUCAAAUUAAACUUUUUUGCACUCGCACUGCUCUCGACAUACUUGAUGGGUGUGUGCGAGUGUGCGACACACUUGGCACAGUUGCCAGCCAGCAAACAUCCCCCUGGUGAAACCACGUCCAUGGAUGCCAAACCCCCCUCUACACACACACACUUGGCUUCGGCCACAAACUUUUACACUUCAUUGUAUUUUAAUUGAAAAUUUUUGUACUUUUGCCCUCUCUCUCCCUCUGUCUCGGUCGUGUGUGUGUUUACCGAUUUAUGGCAAUGACUUUUUAGCUCAUCUGCAUCGUAAAUCGGAAAUCAUUGUAGCAUAUGCAGCCCCCUUGACCUUCCCCCUGAUACCAAGUGUACAUAUGUUUCCUUCCUUCUGAAUAAAACAACAAAAAAAAAAACCAAACAAAGAGUGUGUAUAAAAUAAC